AUGUACGUCGCAUUGUCCUCCACGUUCUUCGCAGCAAUCGUCCUCCAGCUCGCCAACCCGGUCUCUGCCAACUACGAAACGGGAAAAGCGGUGCAAAUCAACUUCUACUCUAACUCGGGCUGUUCGGCCUAUACCAGCGAGACGGCGGCAUGGUGGACGCGCUCACCCCGCGCGGGCGAGUACGUGAAUGGCGGUGCUGCGGCAGAAUGUUUCGCGCUCAACAUGCCAGGCAGCAGUCAGAGCAUCAACGUGGCUAGUGUUUGGAAGGGAAGCGGAGCGAAGACUAGUGGCGGCUGCUAUCUCUACGACGGGUACAACUGCGGAGGAGUCACCAAGUACGCAGAUUACCGUAGCGGCUCUGGGGAUUGCCUUGCGGCGAGGAGCUCAGCUGGGUAUCUAUGGAAGAGUGCUAGGUGUGGUGCGGCGCCUAACUGA